UCUGUGAGAACAAGAGCAACAACUGUGAUGGGAGAUCGGCCAAAGGCGACAACAACAACAACAACACCAGGAGGAGCAGCAGCAGCAGCAGCUGGUGUAGGAACUAGUGAAGCAGCCAUCAUGGCAGCAACCGCUCCGGAAGGCCCCGUCCAAACCAACGGGAAUGGGAAUGGCAACGGCAAUGGCAACGGGAAUGGCAACGGGAACGGGAACGGCAACGGCAACGGGAGUGCUGAUCCGCCCCAGCAGCUAGGGCAGGUGGAGGUGCAUGUACCAGCUACGGCUCCAUUGCCGCCGCCGCCCGGGCAAGUGGAUGCAGAUGGCGUGGGUGCAGCUGGCGGCAGCGCUGCUGCCGAUGCUGGCGAGGCUGGCGAUGAUGCGACCACUGGAGCGGGCGCCAGCUCAUUGCCGCCGUCGGAAAUUGGCGGGCGUCCGCCGCUGGAUACCGCCUGCUCGGAUGGCGGUGGCGCCUCCAGCUUGGCCGGCGGCAUUGUGGGACCGCCCAGCCCGCUAACCGGCUGCUAUCUGCUAAUUGUAAUGGGCGAGCCGCACUCCGAGGAGCACAAGGACAACAUCUUGCAGCAUCUGCUCAAGGGUUUCCUCUCCUGGGACGUAUCCGAUUGUCAUGUCGACUUGGAGGAGGAGCUCAAUACAAUUACACAACAUGCACCCGAGGGCGAGGAAGCGCGUCACGGUGAGCGACUUAUACAGUAUGCCAGCGAGAAUCUUGUGACGGAGGUGCUCAUACAUCCGCAAUAUAACACGCUUAUACAAUGUAUGCGCAAUCUACUAAGCAGUUUUACGAGGCAUCGUCACAUUAUACACGCCGGCUAUACCUUUAGCGGCAACGGUUCUUGGAUCCUACAGGAUGGCACCUUCUCGGUGGCUGACUUUGCGGAGGCAUUUCAAGAGCACGACGUACAAAGGGUAAUACGAGCCUAUGCGGAUACCAUAACGAUGAAUAUACACUGUGCCGAUGCGGGUCUGUGGCACACGUUGCCGGAUAAGGUUUUUUCACGCCAGUGUAAAAUACGCAUCAAUCCGGUAGAUGUCCUGGACACCAGUAGCGAGUACAUCAACGGCUUUAUAGACUAUCUGGCGCCAAUGCUGGUGCCAACUUCGUUGCGUGAGUUGCUGGAGACGUCCGAUGUGGUAGGCAAUAUACGUUUUACGCACCCUACUCUUUAUGUAUUUCCCGGUGGUCAGGGUGACGCCGCUCUCUUUGGCAUCAACGGUUUUAAUAUGCUGGUUGAUGGCGGCUUUAAUCGUAAGGCUUGUUUCUGGGACUUUGCACGGCACUUGGAUCGCCUUGAUGCGGUGCUGAUGACGCGUCUGAACAACAGCAAUGUGCAGGGUCUUGGUGCUGUGGUGGCACGCAAGCGGGAUUCCCAUGUCUAUCCACAGAUUGGGCAUUUCUUUGGCAACGUUCCCGAUCGGAAGGGUGGUCUGCCCAGUCCUGAUGGUGAUAAGGAUCGUAAUCCGCUGCUCAUCGAUCUUUUUGAGCGCGGCCAUGGUCUCGUCAAUGAUCUCAAAUCGCUUGACCUCAAGCCGCAGUGCUGUUAUCGCAAUCAGGAGCCUAUUAAUCUGUACCACAAGGUCGGCCACGGAACCCUGGACAUGUAUGUGAUAAGCCCUUCGCGGGAUUCCAAAGAGGUCAAGGACUUUUUGCAGAAAUGGAAUGCGGGUGAUCAGCGUUUGUUUGCCGCACGCGACACCAAGGAGUUUAACUUCCCCUUGCAGAAUUUGGUAUCUAUCUGCGCGUUGCUUGUCUGGCAGCCAGCUAAUCCGGAUGAUACCAUAACUCGCAUCCUUUUUCCUGGCAGCACACCAGAUUUUAAGAUCCAGGAGGGUCUGGAGAAGCUCAAGCAUCUUGAGUUUAUGAAGCACUCAACAUGCACGGCCAAGUCUAUAGCCCCAGCUAUACAGACCGUGACCAGCACCAGAAAGACACUUAAAUCUGCCAUUGAGGGCACUCCACCCAGCGCCAGUUACAAGCCUAGUAAAUUCGGUCCAGCUGCUAUCGCCGCUGUCGCUGUGCAGCAGGACAAUAAGGCCAAAGAAGCUAAGGAAGCAGCUGCAGCUGCAGCUGCAGUGGCGGUUGCAGCAGCAUCAGUUUCAGCGGAAACACCCGGCGAACAAGUGGACCGAUCUGCACCAAUUGUAAGCACCAAAGCGGACUCUGUAGACACAGAUGAGCCAGAAGCUGAGCCCGAGCUCGCUGUCGACACCGGUGAUGAGGGAGCGCCUGAGCCAUCCGUUCCCUCAACAGAGCCAGCCGAGCUGGAAGACAACAAGGAUGCUGACGAAGAGAAAAAAGUGGAGGUCUUGAUUGUCAAGCCGCAGCCGGCAGCUGCGUCAGUUAAGGAUGCAGGUGACGCGCCCCCUACGGAGGCUACUAGCAAGACAGCAAAGGCCACCAAAGGCAAGCCAGACAAGCCACGAGCGGAAGUCAAGCCAGUUGUACGCUCAAGAAUUGACAGCAAACCGCCCAAGUCAAUGGACCGGAAGCUGGUUAAGCGUGAGGAUAAAAAGAGUUCGCCUACUGCCACGCCAGCUGUAAGCCGAACGCCUGCUACACGUGAUGUCAAGCCCAAAAUAAUAACACGCACCACCAAGUCGAGUCCCAGCAGCACACCUGCUAAGAGUGCCAAGGAGGCCAACAACCGCAAGGUGCUUGAGUCAAAGCAGCAGGCGACGUCGGCGCGGCAGACAACUACCAGCACACGUCGCACUGUUAGCACCGUGGAGAAGAAGUCGCAACAGGUGGAGUCGAAAACAUCGCAGCACACAACGACACAGGCAGCGCAGCGCAAGCCUAUCUCACGUAGGCCACGUGGGGUGUCACCUUCCAAGCGGGCUCCAGCGCCAGGCAGCCCAAUCAAAUCAGCGAAGCCCAAGCCGGAUUUGAAGAAGUCGCGUCUGGAUAAAGGAGGCACCACAGAUUCCAGCCUGGUAUCCACACCGUCGGCGGAUGACGCGACAGCUGCCAAAAAGAUGCUAGAGUUAAGCGCCUCGCAAGAGUUAGAUGCGGAAAAGCAGCGUGAGUUGGACGAUCUAAAGGAGGAGCAGGAAGUGGUGCGCGAAAUAGAAGCUGUCUUUAGUCGCGACGAGAUGAAGCGACAACACUUGAUCAAAGCGGAGCUGCGCGAGAUGGCCAAGCAGGACAGCACAACGGAAGCCGAGGAAGAGGAAGAAUACUUGAUUAUUGAAAAGGAAGAGGUCGAGCAGUACACUGAGGACUCAAUUAUUGAACAAGAGCAGGAGAGCAGCAUGACAAAGGAGGAGGAGAUUCAAAAGCAUCAACGCGACUCGCAGGAAUCAGAAAAGAAGCGUAAGAAAAGCGCCGAGGAGGAAAUCGAAGCGGCAAUCGCCAAGGCUGAAGCAGAGGAGCGCAAGGCUCGUCUGGAGAGUAGCGAAGCGGCGAGGCAUGAGACGCACGAAGAGCUGGCAACAACCGAAAAAACCGAAAUCAAGGCUGAGGUUCAAGAGAUCAUAUCCACUGCCAAGGACCUUGUAAAGUCCCGCACUGAAGAGCAACUCCAGCAGGCAAAACAGGUUGAGGAGGAGUUUUCUUCUCCUACGCCAGACGAUAAGCUCAGCAGCGCUAAGAAAACGUCAGAUACUAAAGACGAACCGAUCGAAGCUCCCGAGGCGCUGCCUAUAAACUUACAAGAGAGUCUUCCAGAGGAGAAAUUCUCGGCCACCAUCGAAUCGGGAGCUACUACAGCACCUACCUUACCAGAAGAUGAACGAAUUCCGUUGGACAAAAUCAAAGAGGAUUUGGUCAUCGAGGAGAAAUAUGUCAAAGAGGAAACUAAGGAGAUAGAAACCAUUGUUGUGGCUACCGUUGCAGUUCCCCUCGCAGCGUUAGCAGCAUCAACCAUCAUCGCUCCAACCGAAACCAAAAUUGAGGUCACUGCUGAGCCGCUUGCCACCGGUGUGGACUCCGCGGAACGUAUCUUACCCAAGAAAAUGACAUUUGAAGCCCAACAGAGUCUGAUGCGUGAUGUUAUCAAGACACCCGAUGAGGUUGCAGAUUUGCCGGUUCAUGAGGAAGCUGACCUAGGGCUAUACGAGAAGGAUACUCACGAUGCUGGUGCCAAGAGUAUUUCACACAAGGAAGAGACGGCAAAAGAGGAGAAAGAGACCGAAGAUGAAAAGGAAGUCAAGGAAAUAGAAGCAGCCGAUGAAGCAGAUCAUAUGUCUGAGCCAAAACAGGAGAUUUUGGAAAACAUUAUUGCUAAAUCAGAGAUUACCGCUAAACUUGAAUCUGACGGAAAAACAACUGAGGUAGCCAUUGUAAAAACAAGCGAAAUUGUAAGUAAAGCAAUUUCGGAGAGCGAUAAUUUGGAGAUGGACCUUGAAAAACCGACCGAUAAAACCAACAAACAAUUGGCAAUUACACCAGAAGAAAAAGAAACUAGCGAAAUAACUUCAGAAGAUGAGUUGCCAGCGCAUCUUGUGCAACCCAUCGUUGCACCGACAAAAGUUAAGGACCGUGAAGACACUGUAUCUCUCGAGAGCCCCGCAACAAUUGAAGAAGCCAUUGAAGUUGAAAUUCAUAUUACCGAGGAAGAAACCCAAAAGCAAUCAACUUUAGUAGCCAAAGAAUCUAGUGCGGCAAUAUUAAAAUCAGAGCUCCUUCCGGGUGACAAAAUACUUCAGGACUCCAAAGGAACUUUAAAAACUGGUUCAGUCGCCGAAAGUUUGAAAGACGAGCAUGAGAAGCCAGAAAGUCUGAAGGACGAAAAGUCUACAGAGCCUUCCCGACGUGAAUCUGUUGCUGAGAGUGCGAAACCAGAAAGCUUGAAGAAUGAAAAGUCUCUGCCUGCAUCUAAGGAAGCAUCACGGCCCGGUUCCGUAGCAGAAAGUGUGAAAGACGAGCACGAGAAACCAGAAAGCUUGAAAGACGAAAAGUCUACAGAGCCUUCACGACGUGAAUCAGUUGCGGAGAGUGCAAAACCAGAAAGCUUGAAGGAUGAAAAGUCUCUACCUGCAUCUAAGGAAGCAUCACGGCCCGGUUCCGUAGCAGAAAGUGUGAAAGACGAGCACGAGAAACCAGAAAUCUUGAAAGACGAAAAGUCUACAGAGCCAUCACGACGUGAAUCAGUUGCGGAGAGUGCGAAACCAGAAAGCUUGAAGGAUGAAAAGUCUUUACCGGCAUCUAAGGAACCAUCACGGCCUGGUUCCGUAGUAGAAAGUGUGAAAGACGAGCACGAGAAACCAGAAAGUCUCAAGGACGAAAAGUCUACAGAGCCUUCACGACGUGAAUCAGUUGCGGAGAGUUCGAAACCAGAAAGCUUGAAGGAUGAAAAGUCUCUACCUGCAUCUAAGGAAGCAUCACGGCCCGGUUCCGUGGUAGAAAGUGUGAAAGACGAGCACGAGAAACCAGAAAGUCUUAAGGACGAAAAGUCUACAGAGCCUUCAAGACGUGAAUCAGUUGCGGAGAGUGCGAAACCAGAAAGCUUGAAGGAUGAAAAGUCUCUACCUCCAUCUAAGGAAGCAUCACGUCCCGGUUCCGUAGUAGAAAGUGUAAAAGACGAGCACGAGAAACCAGAAAGUCAAAAGGAUGAAAAGUCUACAGAGCCUUCACGACGUGAAUCAGUUGCGGAGAGUGCGAAACCAGAAAGCUUGAAGGAUGAAAAGUCUCUACCUGCAUCUAAGGAAGCAUCACGGCCCGGUUCCGUAGCAGAAAGUGUGAAAGACGAGCACGAGAAACCAGAAAGCUUGAAAGGCGAAAAGUCUACAGAACCUUCACGACGUGAAUCAGUUGCAGAGAGUGCGAAACCAGAAAGCUUGAAGGAUGAAAAGUCUCUACCUGCAUCUAAGGAAGCAUCACGGCCUGGUUCCGUAGAAGAAAGUGUGAAAGACGAGCACGAGAAACCAGAAAGUCUCAAGGAAGAAAAGUCUACAGAGCCUUCACGACGUGAAUCAGUAGCGGAGAGUGCGAAACCAGAAAGCUUGAAGGAUGAAAAGUCUCCACCUGCAUCUAAGGAUGCAUCGCGGCCCGGUUCCGUGGUAGAAAGUGUGAAAGACGAGCACGAGAAACCAGAAAGUCUGAAGGAUGAAAAGUCUACAGAGCCUUCACGACGUGAAUCAGUUGCGGAGAGUGUGAAAAAGGAGAGCGUAAAGGAUGAAAAGUCUCUACCUGCAUCUAAGGAUGCAUCGCGGCCCGGUUCCGUCGUAGAAAGUGUGAAAGACGAGCACGAGAAACCAGAAAGUCUGAAGGACGAAAAGUCUACAGAAACUUCACGACGUGAAUCAGUUGUGGAGAGUUCGAAACCAGAAAGCUUGAAGGAUGAAAAGUCUCUGCCUGUAUCUAAGGAAGCAUCACGGCCCGGUUCCGUAGUAGAAAGUGUGAAAGACGAGCACGAGAAACCAGAAAGUCUCAAGGACGGAAAGUCUACAGAGCCUUCCCGACGUGAAUCAGUUGCGGAGAGUACGAAACCAGAAAGCUUGAAGGAUGACAAGUCUCUACCUGCCUCUAAGGAAGCAUCACGGCCCGGUUCCGUAGUAGAAAGUGUGAAAGACGAGCACGAGAAACCAGAAAGUCUCAAGGACGAAAAGUCUACAGAGCCUUCACGACGUGAAUCAGUUGCGGAGAGUGCGCAACCGGAGAGCUUAAAGGAUGAAAAGUCUCUACCUGCAUCUAGGGAUGCAUCGCGGCCCGGUUCCGUUGUAGAUGGUGUGAAAGACGAGCACGAGAGACCAGAAAGUCACAAGGACGAAAAGUCUACAGAGCCUUCCCGACGCGAAUCAAUUGCGGAGAGUUCGAAACCAGAAAGCUUGAAGGAUGAAAAGUCUCUACCUGCCUCUAAGGAAGCUUCACGACCCGGUUCCGUAGUAGAAAGUGUGAAAGACGAGCACGAGAAACCAGAGACACUUAAGGACGGAAAGUCUAGAGAGUCUUCACGACGUGAAUCAGUUGCGGAGAGUGCGAAACCAGAAAGCUUGAAGGAUGAAAAGUCUCUACCUGCAUCUAAGGAUGCAUCGCGGCCCGGUUCCGUUGUAGAAAGUGUAAAAGACGAGCACGAGAAACCACAAAGUCUAAAGGACGAAAUGUCUACAGAGCCUUCCCGACGUGAAUCAGUUGCGGAGAGUACGAAACCAGAAAGCUUGAAGGAUGAAAAGUCUCUACCUGCCUCUAAGGAAGCAUCACGCCCCGGUUCCGUAGUAGAAAGUGUGAAAGACGAGCACGAGAAACCAGAAAGUCUGAAGGACGAAAAGUCUACAGAGCCUUCACGACGUGAAUCAGUUGCGGAGAGUGCGAAACCAGAAAGCUUGAAGGAUGAGAAGUCUCCACCUGCAUCUAAGGAUGCAUCGCGGCCCGGUUCCGUUGUAGAAAGUGUGAAAGACGAGCACGAGAAACCAGAAAGUCUCAAGGACGAAAAGUCUACAGAGCCUUCACGACGUGAAUCAGAUGCGGAGAGUGCGAAACCAGAAAGCUUGAAGGAUGAAAAGUCUCUACCUGCAUCUAAGGAAGCAUCACGGCCCGGUUCCGUUGUGGAAAGUGUGAAAGACGAGCACGAUAAACCUGAAAUUCUGAAGGACGAAAAGUCUACAGAGCCUUCUCGACGCGAAUCUGAUGCGGAGAGUGCGAAACCUGAAAGCUUGAAGGAUGAAAAGUCUCUACCUGCAUCUAAGGAAGCAUCACGGCCCGGUUCUGUGGUAGAAAGUGUGAAAGACGAGCACGAGAAACCAGAAAGUCUGAAGGACGAAAAGUCUACAGAGCCUUCAAGACGUGAAUCAGUUGCGGAGAGUUCGAAACCAGAUAGCUUGAAGGAUAAAAAGUCUCUACCUGCAUCUAAGGAAGCAUCACGUCCCGGUUCCGUAGUAGAAAGUGUGAAAGACGAGCACGAGAAACCAGAAACACUUAAGGACGAAAAGUCUACAGAGCCUUCACGACGUGAAUCAGUUGUGGAGAGUGCGAAACCUGAAAGCUUAAAGGAUGAAAAGUCUUUACCGGCAUCUAAGGAAGCAUCACGGCCCGGUUCCGUAGUAGAAAGUGUAAAGGACGAGCACGAGAAACCAGAAAGUCUCAAGGACGAAAAGUCAACAGAGCCUUCACGACGUGAAUCAGUUGCGGAGAGUGCGCAACCGGAGAGCUUAAAGGAUGAAAAGUCUCUACCUGCAUCUAGGGAUGCAUCGCGGCCCGGUUCCGUUGUAGAAAGUGUAAAGGACGAGCACGAGAAACCAGAAAGUCUCAAGGACGAAAAGUCCACAGAGCCUUCCCGACGCGAAUCUGUUGCGGAGAGUGUGAAACCAGAAAGCUUGAAGGAUGAAAAGUCUCUACCUGCAUCUAAGGAAGCAUCACGUCCCGGUUCCGUGGUAGAAAGUGUGAAAGACGAGCACGAGAAACCAGAAAGUCUCAAGGACGGAAAGUCUACAGAGCCUUCAAGACGUGAAUCAGUUGCGGAGAGUGCGAAACCAGAGAGCUUAAAAGAUGAAAAGUCGCUUCCUGCAUCUAAGGAAGCAUCACGGCCUGGAUCCGUUGUAGAAAGUGUGAAAGACGAGCACGACAAACCAGAAAGUCUGAAGGACGAAAAGUCUACAGAGCCUUCACGACGUGAAUCAGUUGCGGAGAGUUCGAAACCAGAAAGCUUGAAGGAUGAAAAGUCUCUACCUGCAUCUAAGGAAGCAUCACGUCCCGGUUCCGUAGUAGAAAGUGUGAAAGACGAGCACGAGAAACCAGAAAGUCUCAAGGACGAAAAGUCUACAGAGCCUUCACGACGUGAAUCAGUUGCGGAGAGUGCGCAACCGGAGAGCUUAAAGGAUGAAAAGUCUCUACCUGCAUCUAGGGAUGCAUCGCGGCCCGGUUCCGUUGUAGAAAGUGUAAAGGACGAGCACGAGAAACCAGAAAGUCUCAAGGACGAAAAGUCCACAGAGCCUUCCCGACGCGAAUCUGUUGCGGAGAGUGUGAAACCAGAAAGCUUGAAGGAUGAAAAGUCUCUUCCUGCAUCUAAGGAAGCUUCACGACCCGGUUCCGUAGUAGAAAGUGUGAAAGACGAGCACGAGAAACCAGAAAGUCUGAAGGACGAAAAGUCUACAGAGCCUUCAAGACGUGAGUCAGUUGCGGAGAGUGCGAAACCAGAAAGCUUGAAGGAUGAAAAGUCUUUACCUGCAUCUAAGGAAGCAUCACGGCCUGGUUCCGUGGUAGAAAGUGUGAAAGACGAGCACGAGAAACCAGAAAGCUUGAAAGACGAAAAGUCUACAGAGCCUUCACGACGUGAAUCAGUUGCAGACAGUACGAAACCAGAAAGCUUAAAGGAUGAAAAAUCUCUACCUGCAUCCAGGGAACCAUCACGACCCGGAUCCGUUGUAGAAAGCGUGAAAGACGAGCAGGAGAAACCAGAAAGUCUCAAGGACGAAAAGUCUACAGAGCCUUCCCGACGUGAAUCAAUUGCGGAGAGUUCGAAACCAGAAAGCUUGAAGGAUGAAAAGUCUCUACCUGCCUCUAAGGAAGCUUCACGACCCGGUUCCGUAGUAGAAAGUGUGAAAGACGAGCACGAGAAACCAGAAAUUCAGAAGGACGAAAAGUCUACAGAGCCUUCACGACGUGAAUCAGUUGCUGAGAGUGUGAAACCGGAGAGCUUGAAGGAUGCAAAGUCUCUACCUGCAUCUAAGGAAGCAUCACGGCCCGAUUCCGUAGUAGAAAGUGUGAAAGACGAGCACGAGAAGUCUACAGAGCCCUCCCGACGUGAAUCAGUUGCUGAGAGUGUGAAACCGAAGAGCUUGAAGGAUGAAAAGUCUCUACCUGCAUCUAGGGAAGCAUCACGGCCCGGUUCUGUGGUAGAAAGUGUGAAAGACGAGCACGAGAAACCAGAAAGUCUGAAGGACGAAAAGUCUACAGAGCCUUCACGACGUGAAUCAGUUGCGGAGAGUUCGAAACCAGAAAGCUUGAAGGAUGAAAAGUCUCUACCUGCAUCUAAGGAAGCCUCACGGCCCGGUUCCGUGGUAGAAAGUGUGAAAGACGAGCACGAGAAACCAGAAAGUCUGAAGGACGAAAAGUCUACAGAGCCUUCACGACGUGAAUCAGUUGCGGAGAGUUCGAAACCAGAAAGCUUGAAGGAUGAAAAGUCUCUACCUGCAUCUAAGGAAGCCUCACGGCCCGGUUCCGUGGUAGAAAGUGUGAAAGACGAGCACGAGAAACCAGAAAGUCUCAAGGACGAAAAGUCUACAGAGCCUUCCCGACGUGAAUCCGUUGCGGAGAGUAUAAAAGCGGAGAGUGUAAAGGAUGACAAGUCUCUUCCUGUCUCCAAGGAGGCGCCACGACCUGGUUCAGUCGCCGAAAGUUUGAAAGGUGAACAUGAAAAGCCAGAAAGUGUAAAGGACGAAAAGUCUACAGAGCCUUCCCGCCGUGAAUCCGUUGUGGAGGAUAUAAAACCGGAGAGUGUAAAGGACGAUAAGUCUCUUCCUGUCUCCAAGGAAGCGUCACGACCAAGUUCUGUCGCCGAAAGUGCUAAAGACGAACAUGAAAAGCCGGAAAGUUUGAAGGAGGAAAAGUCUACAGAGCCUUCCCGACGUGUAUCCGUUGCAGAGAGUUCAAAACCCGAAAGCUUGAAGGAUGACAAGUCUCUACCUGUUUCAAAGGAAGUAUCACGACCUAGUUCCGCAGCAGAAAGUGUGAGAGACGAACAUGAAAAGGCACAAAUUCUUUUGGAAGAAAGUUCUAAGGAAGUUUGCCUACGUGAAUCUAUCGCUGAAAGUAUUAAGCUCGAGAGUGUGAAGGAUGACAUGUCCUCCCCUGCCCCAAUGGAAAUUUCUCAUCCGGUAUCGGUUUCGGAAAAUGAAAAAGAUCAAAUUUGUGUCGACAAAACGCCUAAGGAUUCUCUUCUACCUAAAUCUGACGCUCAGAAAAUUCAGGUCGAGAGUAUGAAGGAAGAUAAGUCUUUGCCAACCUCAAAAGUAGUAUCACGUUCCGGAUCUGUUGAAGAAAUUGAAAAGGAUGUAUUCGAAAAGCUUGAACGUGUUAGGGACGAAGUGUUUGAAGAGCCUUCCCGACGUGAAUCCGUUGCGGAGAGUAUUAAGCCGGAGAGUUUGAAGGAUGACAAGUCUCUUCCUGUCUCCAAGGAAGCGUCACGACCUGGUUCUGUCGCCGGAAGUGUAAAAGACGAACAUGAAAAGCCAGAAAGUUUGCAGGACGUAAAGUCUGGAGAGCUUUCCCGCCGAGAAUCCGUUGCGGAGAGUAUUAAACUGGAGAGUGUAAAGGACGGCAAGUCUCUUCCUGUCUCCAAGGAGCCAUUACGACCUGGUUCUGUCGCCGAUAGUGUGAAAGACGAACAUGCAAAACCAGAAAGUGAGAAGGACGAAAAGUCUAUACAGGCUUCACGACGUGAAUCAGUUGCUGAGAGUGCGAAACCAGAAAGCUGGAAGGACGAAAAAUCUCUACCUGCAUCUAAGGAAGCAUCACGGCCUGGUUCCGUAGUAGGAAGUGUGAAAGACGAACAUGAAAUGCUAGAAAAACUAAAGGACGAAAAGUCUACAGAGCCUUCACGACGUGAAUCCGUUGCAGAGAGUACAAAACCAGAAAUAUUAAAAGAUGAAAAGUCUCUACCUGUCUCUAAAGAAGCAUCACGACCUGGUUCUGUCGCCGAAAGUUUGAAAGGUGAACAUGAAAAGCCAGAAAGUGUAAAAGACGAAAAGUCUGCGGAUCUUUCCCGCCGUGAAUCCGUUGCAGAGAGUAUUCAACCGGAGAGUGCAAAGGAUGACAAGUCGCUUCCUGUCUCCAAGGAGGCAUCACGACCUGGUUCAGUCGCCGAAAGUUUAAAAGGUGAACAUGAAAAGCGAGAAAGUUUAAAGGACGCAAAGUCUGCGGAUCUUUCCCGCCGUGAAUCCGUUACAGAGAGUAUUCAACCGGAGAGUGUAAAGGAUGACAAGUCGCUUCCUGUCUCCAAGGAGGCAUCACGACCUGGUUCUGUCGCUGGUAGUAUGAAAGACGAGCAUGAAAAGCCAGAAAGUCUAAAGGACGAAAAAUCUAUAGAGGUUUCUCGACGUGAAUCUCUUGCAGACAGUACAAAACCGCAGAGUAUGAGGGAUGACAAGUCUAUCCCCACUUCCAAAGAAGCAUCACGACCAAGCUCUGCAGUAGAAAGUGUGACAGAUGAACAUGCAAAACCAGACAGUUUGAAAGAAGUAAAGUCUACAGAAGCUUCACGGCGCGAAUCUGUUGCGGAGAGUGCGCAUACGGAAAGCUUAAAAGAUGAAAAGUCUCUACCUGCCUCCAAAGAAGCAUCACGACCUGGCUCUGCAGCCAAAAGUGUAAAGGAGGAACAUGAAAAGGCAGAAAUUUUAAAGGACCAAAAGUCUGAAGAGCGUUUCCGUCGUGAAACCGUUGCAGAGAGUACAAAACCGGGGAGUUUUAGGGAUGACAAGUCUAUUCCUAUCUCCUCGAAGCCUUCACAUUCCAUAUCUGCGGCAGAAGAUAACAUCGUUGAGGAAUCUUCUCAUCGAGAACCCAUAUCUGAAGGUUUCUCUUUCGAAAGUUUAAGGACAGAAGGCUCAUUGAAAGAGGCCCAGUUGGAGGAAUUUGCUAGACAAACUGUACCGUCGCCAGUUAAUUUGGACUUUUUGUGUGAGCAUCAAAAAAAAGAUAUAUAUGGCGAAUCCGAAGGGGAUUUCCCAACUCUUUCCAGCCCUAUUGAGGUUGCUGAAGGUAAUUUUGCAGUGGCAACUUCUCUGUCCGAGCCACUUAAACCAGCCAAGCCGGCGGAGCUCUCUAAAGUUGCUACAUCAAAAACCGCAUCCAGCCCUGUAGAUGAAGCCGCAAGCUAUCUUACUGAAAGUGAGGAGACUGAUGUCAAAGAGGAAAGUGUUAAGUCCCCAAUAGCCUCAAAGGAAGUAUCGCGGCCAGGAUCUGUAGCCGAGAGUAUAAAGGACGAUAGUGGAAAGACAAAAAUAGAGGACCCAUCCUGUCAGAAAUCACCUCUCGAAAGCUUAAUACCGCUUAGUAUAAAGGAUGAAAUGUAUCUAGCUUUUUCCAAAGAUGAAUCACCCGGUAUUGUAGCACUCAGUGUGAAGGGUCAACCAGAAGAGCCAGAAAGUGUAGAAUCUGUUGCUAAGAGUAUUAAGCCAGAUAGUCCUAUGGGUGACAAAACUCUUUCAGUUUCCAAGGAAGAGUCGCGGCCUGAAUCCGUAACGGAAAGCAUAAAAGAUGAAUCUAAGGUGCCGUCCCGAAAAGAAUCUGUCAUAGACAGUCCAAAGACAGAGCAUGUUAAGGAUAGCAAAUCUCCAACAGCUUCUAAGGAAGUAUCACAGCCCGAAUCGAUUAUAGGAAGUGUGAAGUACGAAUCUAAAGAAACUGAACUUGAUAAGGGUGACAAGUCUAAAGUACCUGCCGACCUCAAAUCAGCAUCCGAGAGCAAGUCCUUACCAGCUUCUAAGGAAGCUUCCAGACCCCCAUCGGUUGCAGAGAGUGUGAAGGAUGAACUUGAAAAAGCAGACAAGUCUCAAGACGGCUCUCGUCCGGAAUCUGCUGCAGAUAUUACAAGGCUGGAAGGUGAAGAGCAAGGCAAAUCUUUACAAGCUUCCAAGGAGACAUCAAUGCCCAAAGAUGUUGCCGAUACUGUGAAAAAAGAUUCUGAAAAACCUGAUGAUAGGGAGCCUUCCCGAAGGGAAUCUGUUGCAGGAAGAACAAUGCCAGAGACUUUGCAGGGUGAUAAGUCUUUGCCAGCCUCUAAAGAAGUAUCACGUCCCGGAUCUGUGGUAGAAACUGUGAAAGAUGAAUCGGAAAAACCGAAAUCUGUUAAAGACGAUAGCCAAAAAGAUAAGGAACCAUCGCGUCCAGCAUCGGUAGUUGAGAGUGUGAAGUCAAUUGAACCUUCCCGUCCUGCGUCCGUAACAGAAACGGCUUCGUCGCCUAUUGACGAAGCGUCAAGGGAACCCAUUUUUGUGACCCUCUCAUCUGCUGAAAUCAAAGGAAAUUACCCUACUGUAUCCAGUCCGGUUGAUGUUGCUUUGGGCGAAUUUUCUCAUGCAAUGCCAGGGUCAAUCGAAUUAGACAAACCUGCCGAGCACACCACCGUUGGAGCGAUACUAACUGCUUCUAGUCCUGUGGAUGAGGCAGCUAAAAUUUUCGAGUCAAUUGAGACCAUUGAAGAACAUAUAAUUUCACAGGCAAGUCCAAGUAAAUUGGACGGAACCAGCUCGUUCUGCGAAGAUAAGCUGCAAUCGCUUACUGACCCGCUAAGCCAAAAAGCAGAAACUCUAAUUGAUACAAUGAGCCAUAAACUUGAAAGUGCUAAAGAUUUUGUAGUGGAGUCCUUGGAGCAAAUAACUAAAGAAAGUUCAAAUGCAUUAACGGACCUUAAAUCUCUUAAAGAUUCAAAGAUCAUUGAUGUUUCGAAAACAGCAACUAUUGCGGAAGAGAAACAGCACGAAGUUAUUGAAAAAGUUUUAUCGACUUCGGAGGUAUUAUCUGAACAGUUGGCGCAGGCAAGUUCAAUUAUAGAAACUGCUACCGAUAUGCCUGAAGAUGCCAGUGCCAAAGGUAACCUUGACUUGAGUGGUUUUUCAGAGCUUCGUGAAACACACAUUACCACAGUGGAUUCACCCGAAUUUAAAGUAACGAUUUGCGAACGUGAUGAGAGUAUUCUACAUGAUAUAAAAGAAGAGGACGAAGAGCACAGAUUUUCGCCACCAACCGAAAAGGGAGCUAUGCUACCAGAGCAACCGAUGCGUCCCGUCUCGCCACGUGAAGUAGAGGUUGCCAAGAUUGUUGCCAAUGUAGCAAAGGUUUUGAAGUCAGAUAAAGAUAUUACUGAUAUAAUACCUGGGUUCAGUGAGGAACAAUUGGAGGAAAAACUUAAAACUACAGCUGAAAUUGAAGCGGCGGAUUUACAGAAAACGGCUUCACCUGAAGCUCUAUCGGGUAAAUUAACUCCAACAGCGGAUCUUGUAUUAGAUGAAAAGAUAUUAGAUAUGAAAAUGAUGAAAGUAGAUAUUGAAUCAGAAAAGUCUUCACCAGAUCAAAAGUCUGGGCCCAUUUCAAUUGAAGAGAAGGACAAAAUUGAGCAGUCUGAAAAGGCGCAACUGCAAGAAGGAGCUGCAAAAGUCGCUGUCUUUGAAGUAGCUAAGGAUAGUUCCAGGCCAGAAUCAGCAACAGGCCAGUCGGGACCUCUAGAAUCAUUACCAUCUCGCCCCGAGUGCGUAGCAAGCGAGAAAGAGGAGGAAAAACCGGAACAUUUCUUAGAUUUGUCAAAGGAAAGAUCACGGCCCGUAUCAGUGGCCAGUUUGAAAGAGGAAUCCGAUCACAAAGAUGAAAAGUCACCAACGCCUACAAAAGACAUUUCCAGACACGAGUCGAUUGCAAGCCAUAUAAGUGAAACGGUAGCCGGCAGCAUUGAGUCAGACUCUAGACGCGAAUCAAUAUCUGUAGCUGGAUCGACAAAAGUAGAUGUAUCCGCCACAUCAUCUAAAGAUGCAACUCGUCCAGAAUCCGCUGCUAGCCAGGCCAGCGAAAAGACCAAGGAAUGCCCCCGCCCGGAAUCAGUAGAGAAGGAGCCGACAUCUUCGCGACCAGCAUCAGGUGCUAGUCAUAUCAGCACCAAGGAUGAAGAGACUUCCGACUCCCAGCGCGAUUCAAAUCUGGUCUCGACAAUCGAAAGCAAAAAGGAAGAGAAAUCAAGCGAAUCAACAACCACCUCCAAGUCAGUUAUACAUCAAAUGAAUCUAAAAGAAGAAUCUAUAAGCGAAUCCCUAAGUAGCAGCAUGAAGGUGGAGGACAGCUCCCGACGGGAGUCUCUAUCAAGCUUGCUGACCGAUAAAGAAGCCACCAAAUCUGCAAGCACUAGCGUCAAGGAGGAAAAUGAACGUAUUACAAGGAUUAUGGAGAAGACUACAACUUCAGAACUGGAGGAGCUGCUCAUUCAAUCUGAAGAGUGCUCCUCGGAGUCUAUAGUCAGUGAGAUUCAAACUUCGAGCACCCAAAAGUCAAGUGGCCAAAGCACAAGCAAGGAAACCACGAGCACCUCCGUUCAGGAGUCAGUCAAGGACAGCCUUAAGGAGACAGUGGCAGAAUUUUUAGCUACUGAGAAAAUAAUUGCCGCCAAAGAAACAUUUACCGCUGAGGCCACUAAAACAGCUGAUGAGUGUCUGAAGAAGAUAUCCAGUGUAACCUCAUCUCAGAAGCCUUUGUUUGUUGGCACAGACGAGUCCCGGCGUGAAUCGGUGCUCAGUCAUACGAGCGAGGGUCGGCAAACGCACAGCGAUCCCGAGGAGGAUAGUGACGAUGAUGGGCACGCCAGUCUAAAAGAGGGUCGUUCCAAAUCCAUUGCCACCAUCAUGAUGACUAGCAUCUACAAGCCCUCCGAGGAGCUUGACACGAUUGGCGCCCUUAAAGAAGACGAGCAUGAAGAUCAGGACGAGCUCAAACAGCAUGAGCAUGACAAGGCACCCAAAGAGACAAAGUCGACUACUUCCCUUACAGACACAACCACUAAAACAACCACACUACUGCAAUCCAGCGAACAAUCCAGCAGCACUUCUAUGAAAACCAGCUCGACAGACUUAAAGACAAAAGUCGAAUCCAUUACACUGUCACAAACACAGACACAAGGUGAGCAAGCCGUUGACAGCACAGAUCGCAAGACACCGCCAACAGCACCGGUCAGUCCCAGCGUUAAGCCGGUGAGCACCACAAGCACCACAAGCACCACAAGCACCGCGGCCACGGGCUCCAGCUGCGCCAAGAGCGAAUCUAGCGCUGCCAGCAUUGCAUCAACAUCGGGCCCAUUGUCGCCCAAAGACAUUAGUGGUAAGUCCAGUCCUGGUGCAUUAACAUCUGAAAGUCAAUCCAUACCAACACCGUUAGGGCGUGAGUCGCACACCGAGACGCCAGAGUCAUCUCCCAAGCCCACUUCUCCUUUCCCGCGUGUCAGCAAGGACGAGCUGAAGUCCUUAGGUGUAUCAGCGGAGCCCGAUGCCAGCGAGUUCAGCGCCGACUCCGGUGAACUGCUCCCGGAGCUGCACGAGUUGCGCGGCAUUGAGAGCACCACAGCGCUUAGCGGAAGCACCGAAAAGAUCAUAACGACAACCAUAACGACAGUUACCAAGGUCAUCUCUGCCGAUGGCAAGGAGAUUGUGACUGAACAAAAGACAGUCACUACAACCGACAGCUCAGAGCCAGACAGCGAGAAAGUGGUGGUCACCACCACUCGCACAACCAGCGAGAGCGAGAAAAGCGAGAAAAGCGAACGGGAACGGGAACGCGAUCGCGAUCAAAUCCUGCCCAAGGAAGUGACCAUGCUGCGCGGCAUUUAUCGCUCCAGCACGCCCGGCAGUGAUGAUGAGCGUUUGGCUGGUGCCAUGAGUGACGAUGAGUUGCCCGGCACGCCACGUAGCGCUAGCUACGAUCUGCAGCACUCCAGCUCUGGCAUAAGCAAGCGCUCCGAUCUCGAUGGCGAUGACAGCCAAGAUGAUAUACCGCCGCAGUACGGUAGCGAAGAGCAUUCUACUGCGCGCGUCAUUCUGCAGCCCCGCGCAGCCGAUCCCAUGGCAACCUCCUUUUAUGGCGCACUUCCCGAUAGCUUUGAUGCCAAGCCCAGCACUGAGCCAAUACCUAUACGGGGUGCCAUACUGAUGACCUACACUGACUCACCACCAGCCAGUCAGUCAUCCGAGAGCGUGGAGAGCACCAGCCAAACAUGGGCCGGACACAAGUUCCUGGAUGAGGCCGACAAGGACUUCCAGAAGGCACUCGAGGAGCAUGUACAGGCGCGCGGCGCCGAAGUAAUGUCUUCCGUGACCGCCAAGUAUUCCUACUCACCAUCCAAGGCCGAGGAGGUCGAGCAGAUUGUCAGCGGCACUGCCGACCGACAGCGCUUCCCCCUCAGCGAUGUCCAGAAGGUACGCAGCGGCGACAAUCUUUUGGUGAGCUUCGCCACUCCAACUGCAACCACUGCAACCACCACUGGCGCUGACACUGGCAGCAGCACAGUGACAACAGCAACAGCAACAACAACAACAACCGCUGCAACUGCAACAACAACUAGCACAAGCAGCACAACUGGCACCCUGCCAAAGGAUCGCCUUGAGGAGUGGGGCAAGCCACUCGGCCUGCCAUCACCGGCACCAUUGCCGGUCGAAGGCGCCGAUAUACGCACCACGCCCAAGAAGGAGCGUCGCUUGGUGGCCACCAAGACGCGUCUGAAUAAUGAAAAGAAUCUCCGCAAGCGUAGCGAAUCACCCAACAAGGCCAAGAAGCCCGCACCUGUCUAUGUGGAUCUUACCUACGUGCCGCACAAUGGCAACUCCUACUAUGCACACGUGGACUUCUUCAAGCGUGUCCGUGCUCGCUACUAUGUCUUCUCUGGCACCGAGCCCAGCCGUCAGGUCUACGAUGCCCUACUGGAGGCCAAACAAACCUGGGAAGACAAGGAGCUGGAGGUAACCAUUAUACCAACAUAUGAUACCGACGUGUUGGGCUACUGGGUAGCCGAGAAUGAGGAGCUGCUUGCCAAGCACCGCAUUGAUCUGUCACCAUCCGCUUCGCGUUGCACAAUUAACUUGCAGGAUCAUGAGACCUCGUGCUCCGCAUAUCGCUUGGAGUUCUAGGCCACGGGCUUGUUUAUUGCAUUUGACGAUGACGACUAAAAUAUACAGAGAAACCACAAUUUUAUCAAAUCUCUUAUACUACACUGACAGCGAUUUGAGUGCGGCCCCCUCGUAAACCCUAAUGGGGCUAACAACAGCAAUCAACACACACGCAGACACACCCAGAUACACACACGCACACCAAAAAGACGACUUUCAAUUUUUGAGCCUAACGAUGACGACAAAAAUUUCAAAAACAUACAAGAAAACACAACGAAAACGACAACAACACUUAUUGCGACUACAACUGAAAACAAAACUUGACACGAACAAAGAAACAACAAAAUGCAAUAUGCAAAAUGCCGUGCGCCAACGAAAAGCUAAAAAAAAAAAACACUUUCGGAAAUGAAGAACGAAUAAAAAGCUGAAUAUGGCGGAGUAACGGGUCAUCUUGGAUGACGCCAUUUUGUUUGCCAAUGCCGUCUGUUUGCGCUUUUUGCCAAUUCCUUUCCAAAUGCAGUAAGCAAGUUGCUUUUUAUACAACAACAAGAACAACCAGGCGCAACAGUCUACAAACAACUGGCUACCGUCCAGUCUACAAAAGUUUGAUAAGCAACAAGCAAAAAAGAAAUAAAAAAUUAACAAAUUUAAAAUUAAAAAAAAUCACAAACUAAAAAUAUAAAUAUAUACAAACGAUAAAAGCAAUUAAUAAAUAACGAUCAUUUACUUUCGAAGGAUCCAAACGCGCAUGUGAUAGGUUUUUUGUUUUUUUUUUGUUCUUUUGUUUAGCGAAUGAAUAAUUUUAUAGCAAUAUUUGAUUGAUUUUUGGUUUGAUUUGUGCUUGACUAAAACGUGAAUAAACAAUUUAUCAUUUAAGCAGCUGCUAAGUAAAUACUCUACAUAUUUAUGUAUGUAUGUAUAUGAUAUAAAGUGAUAAAAAAAAAAAUGGAAAUUAUUUUAUGACUACUAGCAAACAGCUUUAGACAGGGAUUUACAAAUUAUAAACAAAAUUUUAAAUAUAUAAUAUGAAAUUGAAAGGCAUUGAAGAGUUAUAAACAAAAUCAAUGGUACAAGCACCAUAAAAACAUAUUUUAUAAAUAAUUAAAUUAUUUAAAAGACAAUUAGUUAAAAACAAGAGAAGCUAACACUAUUCAAUUGAACAAUUAAUCCAUGUGUUUUUUUUUUUUUUGAUAAACUAAUAUUAAGAAACUAAAUGUACUUUAAUAUUUGAUUUCAAAUCCGAGCUCUCAACAAGAACAAGUUACGAAUUAUAUCGAAGAGAAUUGAUUGUAUGAGUGUCUCAUAAAUUUCCUUCUAAUGUGCAGACAACAAAUCAAUACCAAGUAAUCAUGCACUAGACAAACACAAAUGAUUAAGAUCUCAGAGAGAAUUGUUGGCAAUUGGUGUUCAUGGGCGAAUAGUCUAUAUGUAUGAAUAUCCCCGUGAACUAACACAUUCCACUAUUCGAAUGUGUGUGUGGCUACUUGGUAGAGUUAAACGAAUACGAGCUACACUUGCAUAUUAAUUUUCCAAACAAACUUUUGCGCUUAACUAAAUAAAAGCAAAAAGAAAACCAAAUACAAGAAAGAAAUACUUAUAGACAUACGUAUACACACAAAAUAUAUAUAUAUAUAUUAAAAUGCAUAAACGACAUAUAUACACUAUAAACUUGAAUGUAUGAAUGUUUGCUUGUAAGCUCAAAGUAAAUACUUUCUAACCCAAACAAAUUUUUUGCUUCUCAUGAGUUAAGCCGAAAAACUGAGAAACUGCUUCACAGUUCCCCAAAAAAGCUAAAUUGAUCUGUGUUGAGUAACUCGCAAAUGUUUUUAAAUGUUUGUUGUUAAUUUUUGCAGCUGAGAAAUCAGUUAAUCAGAAAUCAGUUAUUAUGUAUCCAUUGCCUUAACCAAAGAACAAAGCGUAUUAACGUAUUAAAUAUAUAUAUAUAUGCAAAAGUAUUGAGUGUACCCAAAGUAAACAAAGAAUAUGACGAAUUUGUUUGUUGAAUUUGCUAUCUGAAUUUGCUUUAACCUAUUAGCAGCUUAUAUUUAAAUCAAAUAUACUUAAAUUUAUAUGCAUGCAUACAUAUACUUAUAUGUGUAUCUAUAUAUUUGACAACUAUAUAAUCAUUAGUAAAAGCUAAAUGCAUGCAGAAAAUUGUUAAGAAAAACAAAAAACGAAAAAAAUGAAAACCCAGAAAACUAAUUAAUACACAGCAAGAAAAUGCAAAAUUAAAUAUCGCUACAAGAGCUAAUGCAUUGGGUUAUAUUCGAUAUAGAGGAAUACACAAACACACAUACAGAUAAAUAUGGAUUCAAAUCCAAUUCAAGUUACAAAUUUUGCUGCUAACUAGGAAGGAAGCUAGAACGGAGGAAUGAACAAGAGAGAAGCGAAGGCAAGCACAAAGAAAAUGUUGCAAACAAAAUUAUAACACACACACACACCCACACACACACACAGACGAACAUAGGAAACGGAAGUAAUUGAAAUCCAAAGGGUAUGCAAAAUUUGAAAACUACAAAAAUGCAAAGAAUAAAACGAAUAUAACAAAACAAAAAAGUACAUAUAUGUAUUACAUUUUAUGAAAAAGUCAAAUCAAGCUUAUCUCAAGAUCUAUUUCCAAAGAAAAAUCUAAAAAUUAUAAUAAAGGUAUUUAUGUGAAA